GCAAGGGGAGGGGGCAGCGUAGGGGCUGCCGUUGCGCACAGCCUCAGCAGCAGGACAGGCCAACCAUACAACACAACCUUCUUCCCCAUCUGCUUCAAGCCCCAUGGCCGCCGUGGCUUUGAGCUUGGGCAGUGGCAGCGGUGGUAGGAGGAGACGGUCGUGCCGAGCGGCGCGCAGGGGGGACGGAGGAGGGGCAGGGGCAGGGGCAGGCUGCCGCCAUUUCCACGUCCACUACCAGUACCACAUCCCUCGCCAGGCAGUGUGGGCAUCCUCGCCUCCUGCUGUUGCCCCCGUACGGUACCUGCUGAUCCUUCCGGUGAUUUUCUUGGCGGCGCUUGCCUUUCUCGUGUGCUUCGGCUGGCUCACCCUGGUCUACCUUGCGUCGUCGUCGCUGUGGAGCCGUAGCGUGGACCGCGCCGGCGACGCCAGUGGAUUCGCCGGAGAAGACGAACGGGAGGAGAGACCUGUGAUGCCUGUGACGGACACGGAGCAUGCUGCUGGUCGUUCUGGCGUCUCAGGAGUUUGUGCUGGUGAAGGGAAGACGGAGAUAGGAGAGGCUGGAGAUGGAAUCUCUGAGGAACGUCGGUACGUAUCAACCAUGGUUUCAACAGGAAUCUGUUUCAGCGAUGACGAGCGAGCCAGUGAUGAGAAGAUUGUCAAGGAAGUGAUGGUGUUUGAGCCGUGUAAAGCUAAAGCAUUUGCCGAGCUGGAUGGUUCUUCGGAGGAGGAGGAGCACCAGCUGCUGCUAAUGGACAUUCCAAUAGAUUGUUUUCUUGAAGAGGUUAUCAACACCAGGCAGUUCAGCAUCUCACUCAGUAACGCAACCAAAUUACUUGACGCGCUGUCAGUUGGUGAAGUAAUUGCUGCAGAUACGAAGGAAGUCUCAGAUUUGAGUUCAACAGAGAUCUGGAAAUUCGUUGACAGGCAUGAUACUGCAGCAGAAAAAAUACCAGUUCACGGUGCUGGGGCUGAUUUUGUGAUUCCGGAGGCAACGUAUUCCGCUGAUUCAACCCUUCAUGGCCUUGAAGAUGAGUAUGAGAGUGAGAUCAAACAAGAACAGAGCCUAGCAGAACUAUCAGCUGACACUGUUCCUGGAAAUGUCACCGACGAAUGGCAAGAAACACAAACUUCGGUUACUGAGCAUAACAACAAGCAGGCUGAACCUGAAGCAGCCUCCAGUGAAGGAUACAGAAAGCAGGUCGUUGGUGUUUCAGACGAAUCUCAUGAUUCCGUACGUGAAAAUAUAUCUGAAAACGAAGCGGCUUCAAACGCUCCGUUCCAUCAAACAAACAGCGAUGAAGAUACUGAACUCCAAGAAGGCCUUUUCCCGAACAAGCGAGCGGAGGCGUCAACGUCUGCGUCUGCUGUCUGCGAUUUUGCCGACAACCAUUGGCGAACAGCAGAAGAACUUGCUGGCUCUGCGGAUGAAGGAAACGUUCACGGAGAGGGGAGGACUUCAGUCCUUGAAACGGCACAAGACGGGGAUGAGGACAGAGACAAUCAUGUCUCCAUGGGGGCGCCACGCCCACGCCCACGCAGGUUGCCGCUCGUUCGGAGGUCCCCAGCACCGUGGUGGAGCUUUUGUGGAGUUCUUGAUGCGUUUGCAGGCGGUGAAGACUGACAAGGACUCAUCCUAAUCUGGUAUCAGCUUUUGUUUACACAGAUUUCCAGAUGUCGUCAGUCCACACGGGAGUAUUAGGCCUUCUAAAAUUUCAAAAAAAAAACCUAAUGCUCACCCCAUUCUGCUACCCACAAUGUACCUCAGGGCCUGAGGUUUUAUCCACAAUGUGCAGUGGCUUUGACCAUUUGUUUUUUCUCUCUCUCUCAUUACUUUCCUUCAUUUUAGAAGCUUUGGACUUCCAACUAUAGGGUGUUGCUCCAAACAAGGAUUGGGUUUUGCCAUUUGUGCUUGUGUGUUGACCACUGGAAAAGAAUUGGAUUGAUGUUUACGCUGAA